AUGGAAGGAAUACCAACGCCAACUAUUGACUGGAACUCAUCUAAUCUUGUUAAUGAAUGGGAAAAAUUUGAAGAGCAUGUGAAGUUAAUUUUUCAAGGACCCCUGAGUGAAAAAACUGAAGAACAAAAGGUAAAUUAUCUGCUUCUAUGGGUCGGUGCACGCGGAAGAGAAAUCAAAGAGACAUGGGUUAUCAGCAACGCUGAAGCCAAAAAACUGAACACGUUUUACAAAAGGUUCAAAAGUUACGUGCAACCGAAGCUGAACCCGAUUUUUGCCAGGUAUAAGUUUUUCAAUGAAGUCCAGGGAUCGGACUCAUUCGACGCAUUUCUAACCCGUCUACGAAUAAGUGCAAGAGAGUGCCAAUUCCAUAACAACGAUGAAAUGAUUCGGGACAGAAUCGUUUUUGGCACGAACAGCGCCAAAGCAAGAGAGAAAUUGAUAAACGAAGGAGAGAGAUUAACAUUAGACAAAACUAUUUCAAUUAUGCAAAACCUUGAAUAUUGCCAGGAACAACUGAAGGCAAUCAACGCAAACAACAUCGACGCAGUGAAGAAAAGACCCUCAAAACCAGACACACAACCGUCACAACGCAGACGACAACAACAACCAAGGCGAAAACCACCGACGACGGCGAACUCCAAGUGUAGCUACUGCGGAUACAAUAAACACCAAAGACAUGAACAAUGUCCAGCUCGAAACGCUACUUGUAAUAAAUGUGGAUUUAAAGAUCAUUUCGCACGCGUAUGUAGAAACAAGUCAGUGCAUGAAUUGGAUUUAAAUGGAUUAAAUAUGAGUGAUAAUAGUGAUCAGGAUACCUUCUUUGUUGACAUGGUAAAUACUUGUACAUCUUCGAAAAAUUUGUCUCCUCCAGAGCAAGCCUUUGUAGUUUUGUCCGUAGGCCCCUCCCAGACCCCACUGAAAUUUAAAAUAGACACAGGUAGCUCAGCUGAUGUAAUCCCAGUCAGCCAUUUUGAAAAACUUACCAUCAGUUACCCCUUAGAACCCCCUGAUAAUGGUUUAACCUCUUAUACAGGUAACUCAUUGCCAAUUCGUGGCAUGAUUAGGUUAAAUCUAGGUUACAACGGAGUCAGCUGUUUAUCAGCUGUUUACAUUGUAGAGAGCAACUCUGUUCCCCUGCUGAGUUUAAACACAUGUCUUACUCUAGGUCUGGUCAAGUUAACGUACUCUAUCGAUACUUGUGAACCCUUAGACAAGAGCAAAAUGAUGACUCUAUAUGGCGACCUAUUUAAAGGGGUGGGGACCAUGCCCGGGGAAGCUAGUUUGCAUAUAAGACCGGACGCCACACCGGUUAUCAACCCCCCUAGAAGAGUUCCUGAAGCCCUCAGAGAGAAAUUAAAGCAAGAGCUAAAUCGCAUGGAAAAAGAGGGAAUCGUAGAAAAGGUCACUGUCCCAACAGAUUUUGUGAACUCCCUGGUAAUAGUUGAGAAAAAGUCAGGACAGUUGAGAGUUUGUAUUGACAGUAAGAAUCUUAAUGACGCAAUAAAACGUCCACAUUACCCCAUGAGAACGAUUGACGAUGUGACGUCACGACUUACCGGCGCAAAGUAUUUCAGUAUACUUGAUGUUACACAUGCCUACUGGUCCGUAAAGCUCGACGAGAAAUCGUCUUUUCUCACGACAUUUAGUACAGUGUUCGGGCGAUACCGAUGGCUGAGACUGCCCUACGGUAUAUCUGCAUCGAGUGACAUAUUCAUGCAGAAAAUCGACGAAGUAUUUGAAGGACUUGACGGACUGACGGCAAUUGUAGAUGACAUACUUGUGUAUGGUAGAUCAAGAGAGGAACAUGACUUGAACUUAAAGAACGCUCUUGAGAGAGCAAGGUCAAAAGGUGUCAAGUUCAAUCCUGACAAGUGCGUGAUAGGGGUUACAGAAGUACCGUUCUUUGGUCACUUGAUCGCGUCAACCGGAUUAAAGCCUGACCCCUCAAAAAUCGAGGCUAUUGCAAACCUCGAAGUCCCGAAGACACGACGAGAAUUAGAAAAUACUCUUGGUAUGGCAAAUUACAUGCAGAAAUUUGCACCAAACUUGGCAGAGGUAACUAGCCCAAUGAGAGCAUUGUUAAAAAAGAUGUUGAGUUUUUAUGGGACGUACCACAGACUCAGUCAUUUGACAAAAUGA